AUGAAUAUAGAAACAUUCAGACACACACUGACACCAUAUUUUUUGAAGACAGCCAUUAUACUUAGCGGUCUAUUAUCAUUCGCGUCGCUAGGUGCUAAACAAGUGGCGCCCCUACCUCUAGUAUCACUACCAGUGAUACUACUUGCCGUUAGAUACAGUAAAAAGAUAUACUAUGACGUAGCAAUAUUCUCCUUCGUGGCAAUUGGUAUCGCCGCGUCCUACAAAGUGUACGCAGAUGAAGCAACGUCGAAUCCGUUAGACGAUAACGCAGCUCUAUUCAUUAUCGGCAGUAUUAUUUCGUUAAUGACGAUAUGUCCUAUCUAUAUCGACAAGUCGCUUAGACAAAGAAAGAAAAUAGGUUACUUUCUCUUUCCCGCGUUGUGGACCCUUGUCUGGGGUCUCUACAGAUACUUUUCGCCAUUAGGCUCGUGGGGAGACUGGGCGUAUUCGCUGCAAGGCCCCUUCAUGCAAAGUGCAGCAUGGUUUGGUUUGUCGGGUAUCGAUUUCAUUAUGGCGUGGAUGGCGCAAGUCAUCGCCGAAUUCGUCUAUGACGCCCCGGAUAAAUUCCUCGGGGCAAUCAACGAAGAGGAAACUACGUACCUACUUGUUCGAAACGAUAGGUUUUACCAGAAAAAACACAGGAAAUUUGCGAUAGGAUCGACGCUAUUUUUUCUUAUAGUGUAUGUCCUCGGGGCUUCGAGAAUGAGCACGAUCGAGUCGAAUGAUCCGGGCAUGAAGUCAUUCGGGGUUGCCUGCAUCCUCGGCAGCACCAACUACAAGACAUCCCCAACAGAGCAAAUGUUGGCCGCAACACGGCAUUACGUAUCGAGAGCAAAAAUUGUAUUAUGGUCCGAAUCGGCGUUGCAUAUAGAAUCAACGGAAGAAUUAGCGUCGAUAUUAAAGGACGUGAUGGAGAUAGCCUACCAAUCGCAUUCAUACAUAGGACUCUCCUAUACUAUACCAACGGCGAAUGGUAUGCGAAAAAACGUCUUGAACUUAAUAUCACCGCAAAACGUUAGCGUGUUCGAGUACGUGAAAUCUCAUCCCGUACCUUUCGCUGAGUCACAUUCCGUUAUGGCAGGACCGGGCAUUUUGCCACUCGCCAGCAUAAAUAUAACGCAUGGACACUCCAACGUAAUUGGAAAUAUAAAAGUUUCCGGGGCGAUCUGUUUUGAUAUGGACUUUCCAAACCUAAUCUGGCAGGCAUCGGAUGCCAAAUUGAUGCUGUCACCGGCACAAACUUGGUCGGCUGCGAUUGGGAUGCAACAUUUCAAGAUGGCUGCGGCCCGUGCCAUCGAAAAUGGGUUUUGGAUACUGAGGUGCGACGCUGGAGGGGUUUCCGGUGUCGUAGAUGAUUAUGGCCGAUUUCGCCUUUGGGUGCCCGCCCCCAAAAAUGGCGUAACAGGGUUUACGUUCGAGUUCCCCCUCUUGGAAGAAAAAAUUCAGACAUGGUACGCAUUUUGGGGAGAUGCUCCCUUGCUAGCUUUAGUAAUAGGAAUACUCGCGUCAAUAGUCGGGCCCAUCUGGGUAGUCCAGAUGUUGGAUGAAAAGGCCGAGCAGGUUAAAACGUUCGUGAACGGAGAAAUCCGUAAACACGUGAAUAAAUUCGUUGGGGAGGAAGGAGAAGGAGGAGGACAAGGAAGCGACGUGACAUUCAACUCAUUGGAGAUUCCCUAG